GAUUGUGACUUCCGUAUAACGAGUGAGCAAUCCCACAUCCGUUCGUGCUUGUAUUGAUUAACUAGAGAUAUCCUUCGCACAAGAUUGAAUCUUUCACCAGUUUGUAGUGACCGAGAGUUCAAGAUAGUGACACUCUUGCUUUACGCUAUUUUUGUGAAUAUCGCACACGUUACAGUACUCUGGUCCUUUGCUGUGACCCAGUUUUAAGCUGCUUGUCCCGUCCCACUUCCUACUGAUAACCUUCUUGUUCUGGGUUGAAAGAAAGUUGUGCGUUUUUGCAAGCGAGGAGAGGUAAUCGAUCUAUAGCAGAAAUAACUGACGAUUGAAAGCUCACGAGUGAUUAAAAUCACAAAAAGAUUUACCAAGGAAAUCAAAGAGAAAAACAAGACAACUCAGUUGAUCCUCCAAAAGCGCCAAGGCGGCUUACGAUUCAAUAUUUCAUAAGGAGAGAGUUGCAUAGGGUAUUAACACAACAUGGAUUAUCGUCAAAUUCUGAUUUUUGUUUUAUUUGUGAGUUCUACGAAUGCAAGAAGAAAUCGACUUCCUAUACCAAAGUCACUCAUCGUGGCAGAUGCCACAGGCAUUGAUGUUAUCCUCGAUGCGGUUGAACUCAUGAAGAAGACGAAAAUAUUCCGCAAUGACCACCACUUGAUCAAACGAAUUGCUAUUGUGGAGGCCUCGUACAAUAGAACAGCCAAUGAUGGCGGCUUGUGGCAAGUUCAGAAGUGUGCCUUUCUUGGGGUUACUCAAAACCGCCGUAAAUACAGAAAGUUGGCCGCUCUUCAAAAGCAAGUUCGACGGAGAUUGGGGAUUACCUGGUCUAAAGUACACCAUUAUGAUCUUCGGCGUCCUCUCUACUCGGUCGUGGCUGCGCGAUUGUAUUUGGAAGUGAUUCUUGAUAGUUUUCCAAAGAAGUUGAGAAAUCAAGCAAAGUUAUGGAGCGCUAAGUAUCACCGYUGYAUUGAGAGCGGCAAAAACAUACGCUCRCCACCACUGCAACGGUUACGCCGCAGCGAGGAAGUUUACAUACGAGUUGUGAAAAGUUCGUGUAACAGUGGCUACAACAAGUGUCAGCAUUUCUGCCAUGAAUUACCGCAAGGGAAAACAGCAUGCAGUUGUCGAAAAGGAUUCAUAUUGCAUUCAGACGGCAAAACGUGCAAAGAAGCCAAAGGUCCAAUUAUUGUGCAUCCUUUACCUAUCCACUGCGAGAUUAACUCCAAUCAGUGUGAACAUACUUGCUCCCGUGAAAGGGGUGUGGUCAAAUGCACGUGUCGAGACGGUUUUGUUCUUCAUGACAAUGGCUUUAGUUGUGUUGAUAUCGACGAAUGCGAGGACAGCCCAUGCGAUCACAAAUGUCAUAAUACUCCAGGAUCCUUUCACUGUUCGUGCAAGAAAGGUUACGAACUUCAACAAGACCUAACAUCGUGUCAAAUUAAAAAGGAAAAUUGCUCUAUCAACGAUAUAGAAUGUCUCGAUCGCUGUGUCGACUGUCCAUGUCCCACUGGAUGGACAAGAAGAGACGGUCGUUGUAUUGAAAUAGACGAAUGUUCCUUGUAUAAAGGAGUUUGCCAUCACAACUGCCUCAACACUCCAAAAGGAUACCGCUGUGCAUGCAGCGCGGGAUUUGCUUUGGAUGAGAACGGCAUAUCCUGUUCAGACAAAGACGAAUGUCAGACAGGGUCCCAUGGAUGUCACCAUCAUUGUCGUAACAUUCCAGGAAGCUAUUUCUGCUCAUGCGCCAAGGGAUACCGAUUAAACUUUGACCUCAAAACAUGUGUUGAUAUUGACGAGUGCGCGUUGUAUUAUGGGAUAUGCAAGGGUUCGUCAAAGUGCCGGAACACGCUCGGUGGAUUCAAAUGUGAAUGUCCGACUGGWUUUGUCAGCCACAGUCAGAAUGUUUGUAUAGAUGAUGACGAGUGUUUAAUUAAUAACGGUGGUUGUAGUCAGCGAUGUCAAAAUCUCCCAGGAAGCUACCGCUGUUCUUGCUGGUUUGGAUACACUCUCAUGCCAGACAGAAGAACUUGUCAAGAUAUCGAUGAAUGCCAACGAUUCCCUGGCUUAUGUCAUCAUAAGUGCACCAAUACCCCUGGUGGAUUCCAGUGCUCAUGUCCCCCUAAUCAGGUACAACAUGCUAAUGGAUUACUGUGCCUCCCAGCUGUCUGACCACACCCACGUUAACAUACAACCCACAGACGCCUGGGACCAAGUGUUAUUGUUCGAUAUGGGGACUGACAGAGCCUCGUGAUCUUAUUGUAAUUUAAUUUAUUCUUCAAUCUUCUGUCAAGAUGGCGUUUGCCUUGAGAUCAGUGCCUUAUGACCAUGAUAUUAAAARCAUUAAUGUUUGUGCRUAUACGACGUUYAAAGACAUGGUUGAUCACGAAGUAMWGCACAGUAUUACUUACUAGUAAUUAGUGUACAUAGGACUUAAAAUCAAUGUUGGCGUUUGGAAAUGAACUGCCGUUAACUGUAAAGGGUUCUUAUGGAAAYCGUAACUAUGGUAACAUAACCAUGAUAACAUGCUGGACGGAACAAUUGAAUUGUGAGUAAUUUAAGCAUAUGAAGAGCUUGCGUCCUUUUGGAAGCAAAUGGCGSCCACCGACAAACUGGUUCAUUAAGCAAUGAGAGAGUGUCUGUAUAAAGCAGGAUAAUGUUGUAGACUGGCUGAUAUAUAUAUAUAUAUUGAGAUAUUAAUCACAACAAUUUCAGGMCAUAAUACUCCAGAAGCAUCGAAUGGCCAUCGAAAACUGUUAGCAAGAUCAGCCUUACUUCAAUCGCUUCAGAGACUGAAUCUUCAUCACGUAUUUAUGACUAGAAUGUAUAAUAGUUUUAAGCAAGCUACUUUUAGGCGUACAAUCAGGGUCAGACACCAUCAUAAACAUUACAAUGAGCAGCUAAAUAUACAUUUGAGAUACUGGUWUGUCAAAASGUUUGUUGAUGAGAUUGGCGAAUAUYCCACWACCGAAAGGAACGAUGGGUUUUGCAUGGUCACCAUUGUCAGUCAUCCAUUCUUUCAUUUUAUUUGACAUUUCCCACUCUCAAGCUAUAUACCUAUUUGAAAAACAUCGUACAGAUAGGGGAAUCCACGACCGAAAGGUACUGUGGGUAUUGAUGUCAAUCAUGUUGUCACUCCAUUGAUCAAAGAUAUUUGAUGCUGUUUUUAGCGUGUUCUUGUGUUUUAGCACCUUAUUGUGAUUAAUAUGAAUCAAACAAUUACUGAGACCCACAGUAUCUUUCGGUCGCUUAAUCGCUAUUCCACCCGACAAUCGUUUUCAAUGAAAUACCUGGGACGCCUUGAAAUAGUUGAUAUUUUACUGAACAAGUAGAUUACACUUAUGUGGAGAGUUUCGUUUGGGUCAAAAGAGACACAAGGCUAAUAAUUUAUAUGACAGAGAAAUAAUUAAUCGUUAUUCUAGUUUGACAUUUUAUUAAUGAUUUAAAAUUUACUCGACGCGAUGAGUCAAUUUGUGAUUCAUCUAAAAAUUAUAUAAAUUUGACUGAAUCAUGUCGCAAAUAUACCUCGACCCAAGGUUUACCGGCUUAAUAAAUAGUCACAAAAUGAGAUAAAUU